GUUCGCGUUGUCCUUUGCCCCGCAAUUCCGUUGUCUCGUUCUCGCUUUCCCAUUUGCCCGCAGCCUUCGUUCACACACCAGCUCUCUCCCUCUUCCUUCCCUCCCUCUCUCCCUCCCGUUGCUGGUGCUUGUGCAGGUGCUGGCCCUGCUUCCCCCCGUCCCCCCGCUUCUCACUCCCGCACUGUUGCGUUUUUCUGAUUGUCUCUACGGCAUGGUGAGGCUCUUUGGGAGAGGGCCAGAGAUGGCAAGGAUUGAGAUCAGAGGGCCUCUACUUCGGAGGUGAACUCUACGGAGCUGGGGUUGACGGAGUGCGGGGGUGUAAGGGGCGGGUCAGGUGAUGGCACAAGGCGGGUGAGGAAAACUGCGGGGAGAGGAGAGAAAGAGAGAGAGAGGACGGCGAUCAACAAGGACAAGGGGUCGUCGUCGUCGCCGGGCGCGCGAGGGAGUUUAGUCAGGGGAAAUGGGGGAAAACCCUAGUCAGAAUCAGAGAGGAAUGGGCAAACGAGUGUAUGAAGUCUGGAACGGCAGUAAUAGGUUCUUCUUGUGCGGAAGGUUAAUUUUUGGUCCGGAUGUAAGAUCGCUGUUAGUCACAGUCUUCUUGAUCGUGGCGCCGUCGACGUGUUUCUGUAUUUUUGUCGGUCGUCACCUGCUACAUCACUUUAGCGGAGGCGGGGGAGUUGCAAUUAUUGCAGUUACAGCUGUCUACACGGCCUAUGUACUGGUGUUAUUGCUCCUGACAUCUGGGAGGGACCCAGGGAUCAUUCCCCGUAAUACUCAUCCCCCUGAACCUGAAGAAGAAUUUGAGCCUAACACUUCUCCAGGGGAGUGGGGAGGACAAACUCCACGCUUGCGUCUGCCACGAACGAAAGAUGUCAUGGUCAACGGUGUCGUAGUGAAAACUAAAUACUGUGACACCUGCAUGCUUUAUCGUCCACCCCGUUGUUCUCACUGCUCCAUAUGCAAUAAUUGCGUUCUACGAUUUGAUCACCACUGCCCUUGGGUCGGUCAAUGUAUUGGUCAGAGAAAUUAUCGAUUCUUUUUCAUGUUCGUAUCGUCGACCUCGUUGUUGUGUGUUUAUGUCUUUGCAAUGUGUGCAUUGUACAUAAAAAUCCUGAUGGAUGAGGGAGAUCGCACAGUAUGGAAGGCUCUUUCCAAGUCUCCAGCUUCUAUUGUCCUCAUGGCGUAUACCUUUAUAUGCGUGUGGUUUGUCGGUGGACUUACUGUGUUCCAUCUGUACCUCAUCGGUACAAACCAGACAACGUAUGAGAACUUUCGGUAUCGUUAUGACAACAAGGUGAAUCCUUAUAAUCAAGGCUGUCCACUCAACUUCAAUGAGAUCUUCUGCUCCAAGAUUCCGGCUUCCAAGAACCAGUUCAGAAGUCGAGUACCAGAAGCCGUCCCAGGACAGAUGGGGGCAGUUCAACACACAAGAGAUAUGGGAGAAGCACAUGGAGCUCCCAAAGGGCCUGAUCUGGAACAGGGGUACAAGGCCACAUGGCCAAAUGCUGAGGAUAUGGUUGGAGAAGGGGGUGAGCUGGAGAUGGCUGGGGGUCGGGUUAGCACUGGGAGUGAACUUGGAUUGGAAAUGAAAGACAGUUUCGACCCACGUCCUUUGGAGCAAGGUCGUCCAGCUGUAUCUAACCGUCGGACGAGCAGGGGUCGGCAGAGUGGUAGUUGGGAGAUCACUUCUGACAUUCUUGCAUUGUCUUCUGGUGAGGGCGGUGAAGGCCAUAAUAUCCCUGGUCGUGGUCACGUGCAAAGUCGCUACAAUGGAGAGACGAUGGCCAUAAGCAAACGAUGACACAGACCCGCCUUUUCUGAGCCAGCGACGGCUGCAGAGAAGGAGGUGGGUCGAAUAGAGGUGAAUUGUAGGGAUGGGGAGGGUGGACGGUGGAUUUUAGCUUGAGAAACUCCCUCGAGAUAAUCCGCAACAUGAGUGAAUGUGGGUGGAUGACACGCUCUUGUAGAAUAAGUUAUAUGGACACUUUGAUGGAAUGAAGAUGCACAUGCAUCACCUUUGAAGACAAUGAUUCGCCGUUCAUGGGCAACUAUAAAUGGAUGGCGGAGGGCGGUUCAGUCAUAUCUAUAUACCUUCGUUGAAUCCUGCUAUGAAUUUCGAAAAUAAUAGAGUAACUUUUAUUACAGGUUAUCCACUCGUUAUACCUCCACAGUCUGAGGCAGCUGGAGUUGGUGUUGUCUUUGUGGUCAGCAUCUGUGCAGGUGGGGUCCUAUCUGUGUCCUAAGUAUUGUGGUCUAAGUAAUAUGGCGGCUUCGCUUGAAGCUCAUGGGGUCGUAGUCUUCGUCCAGGCUAGGGCAGUGUAAGGGAUUUAGUUGGUUGUCCUCUAGAUUAAAGGUCUGGAUACGCCUGGGCUUGCCGGAUGCAUAUUUUAGUGGCAGGCCACAGUAUUAUUACUGUAAUGGGAGCGAGUGUGUCUCUCUGCACACACCAAAAUUUAUUCAAGGAAUGAUCAUUGAAUGCAGAAUUGAAGUUUUUUUCA